AUGGCACCCGGGCCACCUCCGCCGCCAGAGACAAUCAGCUUCCAUGGCUGGGCAAGGCUGCACGAGUCGUCCUUCUUGCUGAAGGUCCAACAGAGUACUGGGUUCCAGCGACUCAUUGGCAACUACAGCAAGCUCUUCAGUGUGCCUCUGGACGACGACAAUCUGCAAAGCUUCGCGGAGGAUGUGUGCCGCUGCUGCCUCAGCGAGGCAGACGAUGCGAUGUUCAACUCCGCAUCACUGGAAGCGGCCCUUCAGGAGGUGGAGCAUUACAAGCAGAAGCUGAAUCUUUGCAACUUGUCAGCCAUGAAGCAGAUCGCAGCCAUGCGCGACGGCCAUGAGUCCGAUAUGCUCAAGGACGACACCAUCGUUUUUCAUGAGCCGCUGCACUACAUGGACGAGGAGCAGCAGAAGUUGGUUCUUGCCGUAGUCUGUGACAAGCAUCUCGGAGCCGGAAUGGGGCGGAAGAUGACCCCUGUCAUGUUACCUAACAUUCCCGACUACGCGCAGCAGAUUUAG